AUGAAGGUGUUUCGGGACCUUCGCUUGGUGCAGCGCCGACCCACGCUGGACGCCUUCACCGCAGUUGUUGAGCAUGCCCUGCAUGCACAGCAGCCAGUCCGCCACAAGGUGGCAUUGGCAAUGCAUCGCUUGCAUACACAACGAGGGGAAGAGUUUAACAGCAGUUUCGCCGAUCCCUGGGCAGACGAUUUUCUUCUGAACUGCAUCGGCACUGAGAUGCUUAUGUCGCAGUACUUGGCUUGCGUCACAAUGGAAGAUUCUGGCGCGCUCCAAAGGGGACAUGCCAUGGCUGGGAUCAUCGACCCGGAUUGCGACGUAGCACAGAUCUGUCGAGACACGGCCAUGCACGUGCAGCAGAUCACAGAGGACACGACUGGUCGUUGCCCGCUCAUCCAGGUACAGGUCUUCCAGGAGCGUGCAAUUCCACGGUUCUCAUACAUCCCCGGCUUCCUACGCUUCAUCAUGACGGAGGUACUGAAGAACAGUUGCCGAGCUACGGCCGAAGUCGCCAAGUCAGAUCGCGACGUACAGAAGCGGCCAAUCAGUGUGAUCGUCUGUGCGGACGACCAUGAGGUUGCAAUUCGGGUCAGUGACCGUGCACGAGGGAUUCCUUUUGUCGUAGGACAGAAAGUUUGGUCCUACCUCUACACAACUGCUGGCAAAGGUCCCAGCUAUGGUGACGGAGCCACGUCACUCGCAGGUUACGGUGUGGGACUGCCACUUUCUCGCCUUUAUGCCCGAUACCUGGGCGGAUCAUUGAACUUGGUAUCCUUGCCGGGAUAUGGCACAAGCGUUGAUUUGUUCCUUCCGCGCGUGAAUGCGAAUCAGGACGACGUUUCGGAACGUUUCAUUGGUUGCGCUGCGAAGUAUGGAGCCAUCAUGCUUGGCGAGCCCAUCAAGCCGAAGCAUGCGACGGGCAACUCGCCCAAUUUCGUAUUUCCCAGAGUUGGAUUCCUGGGGUACACUUACUUCAGCAACGUGCGCGAGCAACCAAAGCUAGUUGCAUCUGAACGUGAGCUGACCCACUUCAUCCAAAAGGAUCUCAUACUAUUGCUUGAUGAGCUCAAAAGGGAGAUGGACCAGACAUUCUGGGACCUCGGAACAUGGCAAGUGUCUUUUCUGAUCACGGUGAAGGUCUACCUUGUCGCGAUUCUGCUUGCGACGACUGCUGUACGACAGGCUGCGGCAGCUGGAAACAGCACCGAAUGUGGCGAGGACGCCAGUGAACCAGUUCUUCCCCUGUUUGCAACGUUGCCGAUGAUCGCGUUCCUUGUAGCAUUAUCCGGCCUCUUCUCCGGGCUGACCUUGGGCCUGAUGGGACUGGAUGUAAUCGGCCUGCAGAUAGUUCAGAAAGGCGAAAACAAGGAGCUGGCCAGGUGCGCUGCGAAGAUCGCGCCAAUUCGAGAGUCUGGAAACCAACUUCUGUGCACGCUCCUCUUGGGCAACGUGGCCGUGAAUUCUGCCUUGUCAAUCCUGACAGCGGACAUUGCCAAUGGCAUUGUGGGGUUUUUGGUCUCUACUGCAUUGAUCGUCACUUUCGGCGAGAUUUUGCCCCAGGCGGCUUGCUCCAGGUAUGCGCUCCAGGUCGGCGCGAGAACGGUUCCCAUUGUCAAGUUUCUGAUGAUAUUGUUCUUCAUCGUCACCAAGCCGAUGAGCCUCGCUUUGGAUUGGCUGCUGGGCCAGGAGGUUGGCACGAUCCACAGCCGAACAGAGCUGAUGGAGAUGCUGAAGCUUCAGAUCUCCUUGGGUGCUGUGGAUGCGGAGGAGGGUAAAAUUGCACAACAGGUUGCUGAAGGUGCCCUCAGCUUUCGUGACAAACAGGUUGGCGACAUCAUGACACCGCUGGAGGAUGCCUACUUCUUAAACAGCGACACGAAGCUUGGAUACGAUGCUAUCCGGGAGAUCUUUGAGACCGGAUUCAGCUUCUCGUCUUCAGGAAGGAACGUAUCACAAAGAGCCACCGACGUUUCCAACCAUUUCCAAGGUCGAAUUCCCAUUUAUGGAAGAGAUAAACAUGACUAUCGCGGCCUCUUGUACACGAAGGACGACUGUCCAGCCCCUGCUCUGUGA